GGAUUUCAGGGAAAAAGGAUUCCCAGUUGCGCUGCAAUUCCUCACUCUGGUCAACUGGGGAAAAAACUGAUAUAAACGCUGCUUCAAAAUAAAAACAUGAAUUCAAGUAGGGUGAAGAAGCUGUUGCAUAAUGUUAAUUGCUCGCAUCUCUCACUCUUCCAAGUUCGAAAACCCCCAAUUUUUCUGCGAUUCGGGACCGACAUCUCUUCUCCAUUGUCGAUUCGCUUGCAUUCACACUUCCCAUACGGGAACCCCAAACUUCCUCUCAAAUGUGCACCGUUAAACUCUUCGGAUUCCCUCGAACCCGAUUCGCUCCCCAUUCACCCUUCCGACCCGACCCAGAUGGUGAAUCAAAAUUCAAUGUCUAUUCUGAAGAUUCUGAAGCAAUCAAAUUCAUUUCUGCCUCAUGCAGUCCUUGCUAGCACACUGCUAGCUCUAAUCUUCCCACCUUCUUUAACAUGGUUUACCAGCAGAUACUAUGCACCUGCCCUAGGUUUUCUGAUGUUUGCAGUUGGAGUUAAUUCAAGUGAAAAGGACUUCCUUGAGGCAUUUAACAGGCCAGCAGAAAUUGCCACUGGUUAUGUUGGCCAGUUUGUUGUGAAGCCUCUUCUUGGAUAUCUGUUUUGCAUAAUUUCAGCGACUGUAUUUGGUCUACCGACAGCAAUAGGCGCAGGAAUUGUAUUGGUAGCUUGUGUUAGUGGAGCCCAGCUCUCAAAUUAUGCUACUUUUCUAACAGACCCACAAAUGGCACCCUUAAGCAUAGUUAUGACAUCACUGUCCACUGCUUCUGCGGUUUUUGUCACGCCACUCUUAUUACUGUUGCUCAUUGGGAAAAGACUGCCUGUAGAUGUAAAAGGAAUGGUGUUUAGCAUUACACAGAUUGUGGUGGCACCUAUUACAGUUGGCCUGCUUCUAAACCGAUUCUCUCCCCAUAUUUGUAAUGCUAUUCGACCAUUUUUGCCUCCACUGUCGGUAUUGGUUGCAGCUAUUUGUGCUGGAGCACCUGUAGCUAUUAACAUUGAGUCUAUUUAUUCCCCCUUUGGCGUUGCUAUCCUUUUUCUUGUUGUUGCCUUUCAUUUGUCAUCUUUUAUAGCUGGUUAUAUCUUAAGUGGAUUUGUCUUGCGUGAUUCUCCUGAUGUGAAGGCACUACAACGAACAAUUUCCUUCGAGACAGGAAUGCAAAGUAGCCUCCUUGCCCUGGCUCUUGCUAAUAAGUUCUUCGAAGAUCCAGUAGUGGGUAUGCCUCCUGCAGUUUCUACUGCAAUUAUGUCUUUGAUGGGAUUUGGUCUUGUCCUGAUUUGGGCCAAAGGAGGAAAGAAUGAGACAAAAAACAGCACUUGAAAAGUAUGGAUAUAAGGGUAUAUACUGUACAUUAGUCCAUCGUGUUUCUUAGCCAUCGUCAGUACUGAUGAAGCUAUCACAGGAGGGACCAACGACAGGCAGAGUGAUAUCACAUUGCCUGUUUGAUUUUUUUUUUCUUUUUUUGAAAUUGUUUCAAUUUUUCUCUACAAAAAUAUUUUAAGUUCUUUGAUGAACUUUGUUCUGAGAGUAAGUUUUGAAAACUUGAUGAUGCUCCGGUGGUGGCAGCAACUCUAGCUAUGACGAAAGCUACAACAGUGAUGGUGGCAGCUCCGCUGGUGGCCGUGAUUUAAAGUGAAGGCAAAGAAUAUGCGUGAAUAAGAAUAUGAAAAUAAAACCAAUUCAAGAGUGUUCUCUUUUAUCUAGUCUAAAAGCAAAAUAUGUAAGUAAGUUUCCAAAACAAUCAGUCAAAGACUUAAGAAACAUGUAACUUAAAACUAAUUUCAUGAUCAGAAAACAAAGA